AUGGUCCGGCGGUUGCCUGGACAUUUUGGCUUGGGAACUAAUAAAGCUCUCUACCACAAGUGGUGGAAUGGAGCAUGGGGCCCUUCUCAAUCCGACUGGGAGAAUCUCCGUGGCACUUUCACAGUGAACCAACGGCAGUGUCCUGGAGCGGCAAUCACAUUCAUCUUUUGGGAACUGAUAAUGAAAUAUUUCAUAAACGGUGGGACGGUAAUUCUUGAGGAGGAUGGGAAGGUUUAG